AUGGAGCACCGAAAGUUAAGAGGUAACGGCGUAGACAUCCACGUGGCGAUCCAAGGCCCUUCCGAUGGCCCUGUAGUCCUCCUCAUCCAUGGAUUCCCUACUCUUUGGUACUCAUGGCGUCACCAGAUCCCCGGACUCGCUGCUCUCGGAUACCGCGCCGUCGCUCCUGACUUACGCGGUUACGGUGACUCCGAUGCUCCGUCGGAGAUCUCUUCCUACACUUGCUUCCACCUGGUGGGUGACAUGAUCGCCGUCAUAUCCGCCUUGACCGAAGAUAAAGUGUUUGUGGUUGGCCAUGAUUGGGGAGCUCUCAUCGCUUGGUAUCUUUGUCUUUUCCGACCUGAUAAAGUCAAAGCUCUGGUCAACCUCUCUGUUCCUUUCUCUUUCGGUCCUAAAGAUCCUACCGUUAAACCUAUCGACGUGCUGCGUAAGUUCUACGGCGACGACUUCUACAUGUGUAGGUUUCAGGAAGUGGGAGAAAUAGAAGCUGAGAUUUCUGAGGUUGGGGUCGAGAGAGUAGUGAGGAGGAUACUCACAUAUAGAACACCUCGACCGCUUAUUUUGCCCAAGGAUAAAAGCUUUUGGGGACCUAAAGACGAAACUAUUCCUUUACCGUCAUGGCUAACGGAGGAAGAUGUUGCUUACUAUGUUAGCAAGUUUCAAGAGAAAGGUUACACUGGUGGAGUUAAUUACUACCGCAAUUUUGACCGAAACAAUGAGCUGUUUGCUCCAUGGGUGGGAUGCAAAAUCCAGGUACCUACAAAAUUCGCGAUUGGGGAGCAGGAUCUGGUCUACCAUUUUCCUGGUGCGAGGGAAUACAUACAUGGUCCCAAGUUCAAGGAAGAAGUUCCUUUGCUCGAAGAGCCUGUGGUCAUCGAGGGGGCUGCUCACUUCGUUAACCAAGAGAAGCCACAAGAGAUCCUCCAACUUAUCGUUGACUUCAUCUCCAAAUUCUAG